UAGAGAAACAGCGUGUUGCGGAGCCAAACAGGCGAGAAAUUAAGUUUAUUUGAGAGAAGAAAGUAAAUCUGACCAAGAUGACGACUAUGGCUUCGCUCUUCUCGUUCACCCCUCCUGCCGUGAAAAGACUGCUUGGUUGGAAACAGGGCGACGAAGAAGAGAAAUGGGCGGAAAAAGCUAUCGAGUCUUUAGUAAAGAAGCUAAAGAAGAAGAAAGGCGCCCUUGAGGAGCUGGAAAAUGCACUGUCAAAGCCGGGUCAGCCGUCAAAAUGUGUGACAAUCACUCGUAGUUUAGACGGGCGCCUUCAGGUCUCGCACAGGAAAGGUUUGCCGCAUGUAAUUUACUGUCGAGUAUGGCGAUGGCCCGAUCUUCAAAGCCACCACGAAUUAAAACCGUUGGAUUGUUGCGAGUAUGCUUUUGGGCUGAAACAAAAAGAAGUCUGCAUUAAUCCGUAUCACUACAGACGCGUCGAAAGUCCCGGUAGGUUUAAACUUGGUAUUUGUGAGCUGAAGAGGCUUUUUGUGAUGAAUUAUAAAGAAAAUACUAUAAAAGAACGAACCACUUAAGUGCUUUAAGAUUUAGUGCACCAUUUUAUUCUUUAUUCCUUUCUUCUUUAAUUUUCAUUAGACUUUUUUGUGUAAUAGAAAAUGUCGGAGAUCACGAGAACCAUGCGACAUACAUGUAUGCUACCUGACUUUGCAACAUUAGAGAAAGACUAAAAGCCAAUGAAUAUUUCCUGUUCUCUCUUCGUAGUUUUACCGCCAGUACUCGUACCAAGACAAAGCGAGUAUCCAAGACCGGCACCGCCGUUGCCUUCUCCAUUUAGAAGUGUCGAUGAUCCACCUAUGCCUUACAAUGCUUCAUAUCCAUUUUCAAAUCGACCUACUCAGCUUGAACACAGUCCUGCAAGCAGCUUUGACAUGCCAGGUGGGUAUAGAAUAUCUUCAUAGUUUUUUUUCUAAAUAUAUCCCCAUGGUUCCCAUUUUUAAAUGCAAAAAAUCAUGGCUUAACAAAAAUCCCCAUAUUCCAUGCUGUAUUAGUAAUAGUGUAUUAUUUUUAAUUACUGAAAUUAAAUGGCACCGCUAAAUAUAUUAAUAAUAUUGUUGUUGUCAUGAAAAACUUGAAUGGUCACAUAACCAUUUUAUCCUGGGGAACAAAGUUUUUGCUGCUUUGGCUUGACCAAAAUCUUUGAGGUUGCAAUUGGGCAAAGGCAAAUUAUCUGUAACCUCCACUUAUUUGAAGUCUCAGGAGUGAGAUCGUCGAUACGAAACUAUAACCACAGUGAAAAGAGGCUUCUUAAUUAUCAUUACCUUACACAUCAAGCAGAAGGGAUACGGAUGACCCGUUUUGUAAAAAUCUGUUAGAAAUAAAACCAGAUUUUUGAAGGUCAAGAUAGCUUGAUAUAGCACUGAAAAUGCAGAUAUAUUGGUCUUGGUCAGGAGUUUUCAAAGUAACUGUCAUCCAAAUACAAGUCACUGCUUGACUUUCAGCAAUAUAGUCGUUGUUUGUGAAGGAAUAAAUAUAGAACUGGCAAAUCAUAAAGAGAAGAGUUUACUAUGAAUCUGAUGGAAAAUCGUAGUGAACAUGCAGUUUUCUAUCAUUGUUUGGGUCAUGUUUGGAUAAUAUUAUUAACUACCUGUUUUUGAGGGAAAACCACAAGUUUGUUAUUGCUCCACUUAAUUUUAGGAUCAUUGAUCGAUAUAACUAAUCAUUAUCCAGCUAUUAAAUUAGAGCAGCCAGUCCUUUUUCAUGCUCUGUCUCAGUCCCCUUGAAUAAUGUACACUGUUGUUCUACUAAAACAUGUUUUAAAAUUCAAGACUUUUUUGUUUUAAUGAGAGAGAAAGAAGUUUUGGACUAGAACAUAUAUGUUUUAUUUAAUAAUUGUUUGUAAUAAUGUACUGUUAAUCACAUGUACAAGUAUAUGUAAGCCAUGAUCACUAACAACCAUAGUCAUCAAAGUCCAACCAAAACAUUUAGGUGCAAGCUGACCCUAAGUUUUAAUCUUGGUUCAUUUGAGGUUUACAUAGCCUAAAUUUCAGCUGUAUCCUCAUUUCCUUGUGUCGCAAACUGCAAAGAGAGACAUCUGAAUCGAGAAGAAGCUAAUGCUAAAUUUAGGAGCUGUACAACCAAAAGAUCCGUCUAGCCAUGCAGUUGACAGUUUGAACAUUUAAUACAAGUUUUGAGGGAAACAAUACAAAUGACUCUCUAGGCUGUAGAGCUAAUCCUGGAGAAAUUUAUUUCUUUGUUAAUGAUUGAAAAUCAUGUCAAGGUAUACCAUUUUGCAUGAAUUGGGCAAAGCAGCGUGCAAAGAAAGUCAUGUCCGAUAGCCUGGGGCUAGUGGAUCUUGCUAUAAGGCUAGUGAUUUUUGUUCUCAACUUGCCCGACAGGCAAGUGCUGUUUCUUAGGAAAAUUCAAAUUAAUCUUGCUAAUCAAAAAUGGUUUUGGGGCUAGUUGAAAUGAUUUGUGGGCUAGUACAUGCUAGCUACACCUUGCCUGAAUGGGAGGCUGUAAAACUGACUUUCUUUGCACCCUGCAAAGGGUAGUCGAUGUCAGUGGACUGGAUUAGCAGCUUGUUGAUUGAGAUGUCUCGUGGGAGUUUUGGCUUUAGGAGAAGGCUUAAGUUCAGGCUAAGGGUUACAGAGAAAGAAAAAUUUAUCAAAAAAGAUAGCAAUUAUUGCAGAAUACUAUUACUUUCCUGCAAACAUUUUUUUAAUGAAUGGUCUAAUUCAGCUGUAAAAGCCAAAGGUUUAGCAUAAAAGAGAACAGAAGAUCUUCAUGAGAUUUAGCAUGCACAUAUUUUAAGUUCUAAGUUUAACAGCAGGAAGAUUGAAAGUUUGAUGUACUUUAACUUUUAAAAUUGUUCAAUAAAAGUUCAGUGCAGCAUUAGCCAGUUUUGAAGCAUAAUAAGCAGGAAAAAAAACUCUUGUAAACUCUUUUUUUUUUAAUGUCAAACCGGUAUCCAGUAGUAAAUAUAUCAAGGAUUAUAAUAUGAGUACUUUUUACUUUUUUAACGUUAACCAGUUUCCAAUAGUAAAUAUAUCUAGGAUUAUAAUAACAGUACUUGCUAGUGUUGUUGAGGGAAACUCUGUGAUGCAAUUAAUAAGGUAUCAUCCAGGGGGGAGCAAUAAUACACUUAGUUACUGGAAUGCUUGCAUGGCAAAGUGUGAUACAUAGCCAGUCAUGUAAGCCAUCUUGGCAUUGCAUUUACGUGACUCACUUGCUCAUAUGAAUGGUGCUCUGUAAUAAGGUCCUUUUUUUGUUCAGACACACCCACUGGCUAUAUGUCUGAAGAUGGUGGCUCACCCCGGCCAGUUGACCCAAAUUCUAUGGAUGUUGAUACUGUGAAUUCACCGCCAUCUGUGUCGCAUCAACAAGGUGAGUGUGAAUCAAUGUUUAGUUCAGUCUUGAACAAUUUUUUUAAUGAUUUAGAAAGGAGGCAACUGACCUUCUUAGAAGGAUUGAAGUAGAAUGUAAUCAUAAUAAUUCAAUUGGUCAUCUACCUUGACUCUAGGAAAAUAAUUAUUAUAUUCUACACUGUAAGCAGGGUUCUCGAUUGGAUUUGAAGUGAUUGUCUGCUCAACCUUGACUAGAAGGCUGUGACAAACAGAAGGGCCAUAAAUUAGGGAGGGGAAAGCAGCAAAUAGAAUGCAAAGUAAGGGGCUACAAAUUGCAAGUAGGCAGCGAUCAAUCACCAGGUGCCGGCUUCUAUUGAGAACCCAGCUGUGGAAGCCUUGUGAGCAUGGCCAUUGUGUGUUAGUUAUUUUAGGUGUCUUUUCUUGUUUAGGAUGUAAGAAUUUGAGGAACUGCUUUGCUGUUGUAGGCUGUGUAGUAUCCUCAAUAACUGUAUGUUGAGGUCACCAGAGCUGUUGUUAGUUGGACUCAUCUAGAUAAUGCUAUGUUUAUUUUUUUGCAGAUUUUUCUCAUGCAACUGCAAUCAACUACCAGGAACCCUCCUCAUGGUGUUCUAUAUCCUACUAUGAAUUGAAUAACAGAGUUGGUGAACAGUUCCAUGCCCACUGCACUAGUGUCGUUGUUGAUGGAUUUACUGACCCCAACACUGCAAACUCAGAAAGAUUCUGCUUGGGACUGUUAUCAAAUGUCAAUCGUAAUUCUACCAUUGAAAGCACAAGACGACACAUUGGGAAAGGUGUGCAUCUGUAUUAUGUUGGAGGGGAGGUUUAUGCUGAAUGCCUCAGCGACUCAGCCAUAUUUGUGCAGAGUAGGAAUUGUAACCACAGUCAUGGUUUUCAUCCAACAACAGUUUGCAAGAUUCCAUCAGGCUGCACUUUGAAAAUUUUCAACAACCAAGAAUUUGCUCAGCUGCUUUCUCAGUCAGUCAAUUAUGGAUAUGAGGCUGUUUAUGAGUUAACAAAGAUGUGUUCAAUCCGCUUGAGUUUUGUCAAAGGCUGGGGAGCCGAAUACCAUCGACAAGAUGUAACAAGUACUCCAUGCUGGAUUGAAAUUCACCUUCAUGGCCCUUUACAUUGGUUAGAUAAAGUCCUUAGUCAAAUGGGUCCACCAAGAAACCCAAUAUCUUCUGUUUCUUAAAUUGGACUAUAAAGGCUUUGAUGUUUCUUAAUAUUUUGUGUUCUGUUCGGUACUCUUAACUCGAACUGCUUGACUCAGGAGACUUUUCAGUUUUUUAGCUAAGCUCGAUAAAAGUUUUACAUAGAAGCUGCUUAGAAAUUCUGUGAUCAAGUUUUGCUUGAUUUGAAGCCUUUUUUAUCAAAACUGUGUUAAAGUUACUAACUGAAAAGGUUGCAAUCAGGUAUUUUUUUUAAAGAUGUGCAAAAGUUGUGAGCUACUUGAAAAAGUGACGAUCAAGUUGUGUUACAGUUUGUUGGUAAAAUUAUGCAUGGUUAGCUCGUAUGUUGCUAUUUUCGCAUUAUUAUUAUCCCACAUUUAGGCAAAGAUCAUUGUUUAAUAUUCUUCUGUUAAUGAACCUGUACAUUUGUUAACGUUUCAUUUUCCAUUUACAUGUAGCAUCUGUCUUGUAUAACCAGCUGUGCUUCAGUGUAAUGUAAAAUUCACUAACAAUAAUGGUGUUAUCAGGGUUGUCAUUAAGAGCGGGGGGCCAGCGAUUUUCCCCGGCUACUAAGAGAGUGGCCCCCGGCUACUUUUAUUGGAAAAUAGAACCAAAAGAAAUCCCUAGCCGUUUGAUUUCCCUCCGACUUGUUGUAUUUACCAAGCAACUUGAAAUCUUAGGGACAACCCUGUGUUAUUAUAUCUCAUAACUUUUAUUCAUUGUUUUAAACUAGGUAGUUAUCAUUUUGUUACAAAUCUCAGAACCCUUACCUCCUAAAAAUGCCAAAAGUCAAAAUCUUUAAUUUUUUAAAUUUUUGUAAAAUAUGAUUGAAAAUCUAAAAAAUUAAACCUCUUCUGUUCAUAACUGUGCACCUUCUCUAGAGGGACCCGCUGUCCAAACCCAUAUCAAGGUUUUCCACUCACAGUACUAUAAAAUUAAUGGAAACCAAAUGAGAACAACAGUUACUGCCUUUUUGGGUGAUAAUUUAACAAUUUCACCAUAAAUAAUAUUGACAUCUCUAGGAGGCAACCACUUGACGGUGUGUGGCAGGUUGCAUAUACCUUAAAUUCAGAGGUAACUGCUAAAGUCUAGUGUUUUAAAAAUAAUAUAAUAGAAACUAUAGGCUGAGGUCGAUUAUGAUAAUGACAACUUGAGGGUGGUACAAGACCUCUCUACCAUGUGGUAUUUGUGCUAUUCUUGCUAAGUUUUAAGGACGUACUUGGCCUAUUUCUUCUUCUUUUAAAGUACAAAAUCUUGUGCCAUUUUCUCCAGCUCUUCCAAAACAGCUGAGCUACUGUGCCUUCUGCUGUCCCUGACACCCAGGACUGUCGGCACUCUCUUAUUUUUAUUUUGAGUCGCAUUAGAUUGACAGGAGGGGAGAGCCGCGACGAACUGCCCCAAUCUCUCCUCCUUUUUUUCAUGAAAUUGCAUAGUAGUACUUUUUCAAUCGCUACUUACAAGAGUUUGGUCUGUAUCAUACACUGUAGUUAAACAUUACCGUGUGAAAGCACUCUCCAUGCUUACGACAUUUCAUUUAAAUGGUCACCGCACUAUUUUAUCCACAGAUAAAAACUUUGAGCUGUAGGUACUGGUUACAAUAAUUAAGACGGAAUCCAUCAGAAAUUGAGUAAUUUUAAUUUUCAGUGGACAAAAACCUUGUACCAAUAUAAUUUAACACAUAUUGCGUUCUUUUUUUACAUUUUUCAAUGCCUAAGUAUGUAAUUAGUCAUUUGUAAUAACACCAAAGAAAAUUUGUCAAGGGAGCCUGAGAAAAUAAAUGUCAAAUUUCACAAAACGACAUCUUACACAUGAAAUUUUCAGAAUUUUACCUGUGUUUUCACAAUUCUUGUGAAAUUUGACAUUUAUUUUCUCGGGCUCCCAUGAGAAAUUUUCUUUGGUGUUAUGAUAGAUGACUAAUUACAUCUUUAGCCCUUGAAAAAUGUAAAAAAUAAUUUAAUAUUCUUUGACUUAUCUGGUACAAGGGUUUUGUCCACUGACAAUUUAAAUCACUCAAUUUUGUGGUGGAUUCCGUCUUAAAAUUGUUAAACAAUCCACUCUUUAGACUAAUGAAAAGCUGUAAUUCUAUUUGUUUACUGUCAGUGAAAUGAAUCUUGAAACCAAUCUGAUUGUUUUGGUCAGCAACGAAGAUUGGGAUAAAAGGAUCACAGCCUCUGGGCAGCGAUCAUGAAAUCAUAAUAAAGUAAUUAUGAGGAAAACAAAGUCGUUUAGUUGUAGGUUAAAAUUAAUAUUUGAAUCAGUAACAUCUCUGCUAAAUGGACAUCCAGGGACGUCUCCAACUGAUGUUGUCCAGAAACUGACGUGUUCCUAUCAUCCUUCCUGCUUUGCAACCAUGCGACAUGGCAUACGGUAUUCAAAGCACUAACAAAAUGGCUUUUAAUUCAGAGUACUAAAGUGAUGACGUCAGGGAGGGUUGGGAAGGUAGCAUGUUGUUCGUCAUCCAAAGGCCAAGUGCGCAUGAGUUUUUCCGCUGAACGAUAAUAGCUUGGGCGCAUCAAAAUCGAAAAAAUCGCGAAAACCAAAGUGUGACGUCAUAAAAGGGAAAUUUCUGAAACUAUGGGAUUUGUCAGGCCAUUCUGAAAGAACAAUGUCCAAGAGGCCUACUUACCAAAAAUGAGCAUUUCGGGGCAAAUUGUCUCAGAGAUGUUAGCCGGUUAUACUCAGAAAACUCCAUACAAACCCUUGUAAUUUUUUUUGGGUCGACCCCCAAAAAAAUUGGAAGGAUUUGUAUGGAGUUUUCUAAGCAUAACUGGGCUACGAUCUCAGAGACAAUUUGCCCCCAAAUGCUCAUUUUUGGUUAGUAGGCCUCUUGGACAUUGUUCUUUCAGAAUAUUCUGACAAAUCCCAUAAUUUCAGAAAUUUCCCUUUUAUGACGUCACACUUUGGUUUUCGCGAUUUUUUCGAUUUUGAUGCGCCCAAGUUAUUAUCGUUCAGCGGAAAAACUCAUGCGCACUUGGCCUUUGGAUGACGUACAAUAUGCUACCUUCCCACCCCUCCCUCUUGUAGUUGAUUUGCCAUGACGGACGCCAUGACAAAGGGAUUUUCCGGCAAAGUGCCCCUUUUUUCCGAUUCUUCUUAGUGAAUUUAUCACCAGCAAAGCACAAAGAAAUCAUCUAGUGGGUAAUUCUUUCGAUCAGAGCGUUGAGUACACAAAACAGUGUACCUGAACAAAAUGGCGAACAUGGCGUCUUUGUUUUCAUUCACUCAUCCAGCUGUUAAAAGGCUUCUUGGUUGGAAACAAGGCGAUGAGGAAGAGAAAUGGGCAGAAAUUGCCAUUGGAUAUUUAUCCAAGAAACUGAAAAAGAAAAAGGGUGCCCUUGAGGAGCUGGAGAAGGCAUUAUCCAGCCCUGGUCAGCAGUCAAAAUGCGUCACCAUCCCUCGGAGUUUAGACGGGCGUAUUCAAAUUUUACAUAGGAAAGGUUUGCCGCAUGUAAUUUACUGUCGAGUAUGGCGAUGGCCUGAUCUUCAAAGCCACCACGAGUUAAAACCGUUGGAUUGUUGCGAGUAUGCUUUUGGGCUGAAACAAAAGGAAGUCUGCAUAAAUCCGUAUCACUACAGACGAGUCGAAAGUCCCGGUGAGUGUUCAGAUUGAUAGCUUUGAUCUGAAAACUCUAAUUCGUCUGAGAAAAUCUACGGACACCAAGCUAAGCGACUCAAAUGGAAUCCCCAUUUUUCGAAUUUCCAGUACCAUGAGAAAAGCAAAUUGGUUCGAAUUAUCGAGGAGAUGUGAAAAAUCAGGGGUAAAAUUACAAUGUUUGACUGGAGAAGAGAAGUUAGGUUGGGAUCGAAUUAUUGGGACUUUUGAAAAACAGAGGGCUCAAGAAAUCGAUGUCAAUAGGGCUAUUUAUACGAGGAAAAAUAAGACGCAUCUUUCAUUAGACAUGUCCUAAUUAAGACACAAACUAUCUCGUAUAAAUGGCACAUUGAGACGGAACUUAGCUAAGACGCAUAUCUUACCAAAGAACAGGUGUUAGGGGCUGUUCUUAGAUGAGAUGCAUCCUAGCUAAAUUUCAGACAAGAUGUGUCGUUUAUACAGGAUAGUUUGCCUCUUAUUUAGGAUGUGUCUUUUGUGAGAUGGGUGUCAUUUUUGCUCGUAUAAACAAUCAAUCAAUCAAUUAAUUUAUUAACGUCAAUAUGUGGGAUGGGGUUUGCCCUGAUCAUCUGAGCCAGAGGCUCGUUUAUAAAACAGCCCUAAUGUUGCUAUAACACAGACAGUUUUUGACGUCCAUUCUUGGAAAAUGGCACACGCAAGAGAAAAACAAAUUUCAUCAUCACAUCAUUGCCAUGGUCUCUUCUCUCGUCCACUAUUGCUCUCGACCAAUCAGCACACAAGGAAUCACUCUCAAGAUUGUACUAAAAAUUAAUUGGAGAAUUUUUAGAGCUAUUUUGAGUGUGGCUCUCUGUUACAGUGCGACUACUGUAACUGGGGCCACUUACAUGUAGACCAACUUGACCAAUCAGAUUGCAGGAAAAUUAUAAUACGUUCCGAGAAAGUUGGCUGUAGGGUAAUCAGCAGCUCAUUAAAAAACAAUGAGUUACUCCAAGCACAAAAUUUAAAUAUUAAUGGCAAAUGUUUUUCUAGAAAGCAAAAUGCUUCACCAGACAAUGUUUUUCUGUUCAGUACUUUACACAUAACACCCAGGAUACACUUCUUUGUUUUAUCUAUUUCUUUGCUACCAUUGCCUCCCUUUGCAAUAACAUAAAAAAUAUAACUAAUGUCUACAACUUUUGCCUCAGUCAUUCACUCUAACAGACCUCUCAGGAAAGGAAUGCCUUUUUCAGCGGGUUCAAAAGGUCACAUCUGCAGGUUGUAAUUUGGUGAUUUGGAUCCAUAUUGUUUAUUUUUAUCAUGAUUGAGAACUAACUUUCCCAGAAUGUAUUGUUGUUUUUCUGUAAUCUGAUUUGUCAACUUUGUCUAGAUGGUCCUGUGGUUAUAGUAGUCACACUGCAAUUACAUGCCACAGUUAAAGACUUUGUACCGUUAACUCCCUCCAAGACAGACUGUCAUCUUCGUGACCAGCACUAAUAAAUGUGUCCGUCUUAGAGAAAUGUCAGUCUUAUAGAGUUCAGUCAACUUAAUGGAAUAUCGAAAGGCAGGGACCAACUCUGGGUGUCUGUCUUAGUGAGGUGUCCAUGUCCUUCUAGUAGAGGUGUCUAUUAAAAGAAAGUUGACUGUAUCAUGUAUUGUAACCAUCUUAUAGAGAGUCAACUUAAAGGAAUGUAGAAAGGCAGGGACCAAUUUUGGGUGUCUGUCUUAGCAGAGGUGUGCGUUAAAAGAGAGUUGACCGUAUUGAGGACCAUGUAGGUUACUGGAGGGGAAAGGAACAAAAUAGGGAGGAGAGAGACCUCCCCCCUCUUACUGGGAUAAUGCCACUCAGUCCUGAAUUUUUCGUGUAUAUUGAAGUGAACAGAGAACAGCAUUCUACAAGUAUUCUGCUGGAUGGAAUGGAAAAACCUUCCCAAUUUAACAUUUUUUGGCAUAUUCUUGUCUUUUUAAGUUUUACCACCAGUCCUGGUUCCAAGACCAAACAGUGCAUACCCCAAGCUUCCUCCUCCAUUACCAUUCAGAAGUGCUGAAGAACCACCAAUGCCAUACAAUGCUUGUUUUCCAUUUAAAACAUCUCAUCAACCUCAACCAAAUCAGAGCCCAGCCAUGUAUGUUCCAGGUAAAGUAUAUUCCUUGCAACUUUACCUAGAUUUCAUCAUAAGUAGCCUGAGAAAAUAGCCGACAUAAUUUUCGGGAUGCCACCACUGUUUUCCUUGCGAGAUUACAUCUGAGAAACGAGUGGAGAAAUUCCAUUGGAUGAAGCAAAUUUCCAACCAAUCAGAAGCACUAUCAAGAUCUGGGUAGUGACGUGUCAUAGAGUAUGGAAGUUUGCACUCGUUUCUCAGAUGUCAUUUCGUGGGAAACCACUGGCUGCGUCACAAAAUGUUGGCUUUUUACUCAGGCUACAUCAUAAGCUUUUUAUGUUUUUAACUCCAACCAUAGAUAGGCAGGUCUAUUCAAUAAUUUUUGUGAGCAUACACUUUAGGGAGUGGUUUUGCACUCCUUUUAGCAUUGGGGUAUCUGUAACUUGAAAAUGAUUAGGCACUGACAAAAUGAAUAAUGUAAGUACUACUAUACCAUUUUAAAUUUCUGCUGAAGAGGUUUUUAUUUGACUGGUCAUACCAUAGGAUUUUGUCCACAGACUCAGAACUACAGAGUAAAUACGUAGUUUCAUGUGGAAAUGCCGCUGAAGAGGUUUCAUUUGAAUGGUCACACCAUAGGAUUUGGAGCCAAACUUAAAAGUUACAGCUACGCAUACUAAGUUCAUAAUACCAUGUGGAAGUACUGCUGAAGAGGUUUUGUUUGAGUGGUCACACCAUAGGAUUUGAAGCACAAUUCAUUGUACCAUGUGAAGGUACUACUGAAGAGGUUCCAUUUGAAUGGUCACACCAUAGGAUUAGAAGCACAGACUUAAAAGUUACAGUUACAUACUAAGUUCAUAGUACCAUGUGAAAGUACUGCUGAAGAGGUUCCAUUUGAAUGGUCACACCAUAGGAUUUGAAGCACAGACUUAAAAGUUUCAGCUACAUACUAAGUGCAUAAUACCAUGUGAAAGUACUGCUGAAGAGGUUCCAUUUGAAUGGUCACACCAUAGGAUUUGAAGCACAGACUUAAAAGUUUCAGCUACAUACUAAGUGCAUAAUACCAUGUGAAAGUACUGCUGAAGAGGUUCCAUUUGAAUGGUCACACCAUAGGAUUUGAAGCACAGACUUAAAAGUUUCAGCUACAUACUAAGCGCAUAAUACCAUGUGAAAGUACUGCUGAAGAGGUUCCAUUUGAAUGGUCACACCAUAGGAUUUGGAGCACAGACUCAAAUUUUACAACUCCAUUACAUGGCUCCUUCAUUCAUUCUGGGAGUGAUUCUUUUACCUGUUAAGACUUAACAGGUAGAAGGAAGAUGCAGUUAAAACAUACAAGACUUUAAAAAACCCAAAGAAAUGGUCACAGAUUGAAGUAAUUAGCCUGCAAGCAGAGUCACUUGUGUGAGUUCAGGGAUAAUUGUUUUGCAUGUGAGAAGAAUGGGCUUAGUAAACUCACUUUUCCUCCAAAAUAGUGCAGCAAGUUUGUUAACUUCGUUUUUUUUUUGUUUUUUUUUGUAGAAUCACCCAAAAGUUACAUCUCUGAAGAUGGUGGUUCUCCUUGUCCUGUGGACCCAAACACCAUGGAUGUGGAUUCAAUGAGUGCUCCACCAACAAUGGUCAACAACCAGCCAGGAUGUAGGUUAUUUUAUUAAUUGGAAAUUAAUGUUCGUGUUACUGUGACACAGACAAAACCAUGAAUACCAGAAAAAGGCCAAUCAGACAUGAGCAAUCUAAACCGCAAGUAGCAAUGGUAACUAAUUAGUUUGUGGUGGUUUUGAGGUUUGCUCUUGUGUCCUGAACUUUAUUGAGCUAUUUUGAAAAAAAAAAUAGCUCUUGUGUCACUGUUCUGAGCAUAUGUAUAUUUGUGGCUUUUUGUGUUUGUAUAUAUGUAAAUGUGCCCAUGUUUUUUAUUGGUCACUACACCAGUCAAUGUUUGUGGCAUAUACAUUGUGUUAUGUCACUUAAGCUCAUACUUCAUGAUUUUUCUUUCCUCUUAGAUUUAUCCCAUGUUACACCAGUGAACUACCAGGAACCCUCCUCGUGGUGUUCUAUAUCCUAUUAUGAAUUGAAUAACAGAGUUGGUGAGCAGUUCCAUGCCAACUGUACUAGCAUCGUUGUUGAUGGAUUUACCGACCCCAACACUGCAAACUCAGAAAGAUUCUGCUUGGGUCUACUGACUAACAUCAACCGAAAUUCAACCAUUGAAAGCACAAGACGACACAUUGGGAAAGGUGUGCAUCUGUAUUAUGUUGGAGGGGAGGUUUAUGCUGAAUGCCUUAGCGACUCGGCCAUAUUUGUGCAGAGUAGGAAUUGUAACCAUAGUCAUGGUUUUCACCCAACAACAGUUUGCAAGAUUCCAUCUGGAUGUACACUGAAAAUUUUCAACAACCAAGAAUUUGCUCAGCUGCUUUCUCAGUCAGUCAACUAUGAUUUUAAGACUGUGUUUGAGCUGGUCAAGAUGUGCUCCAUUCGUUUAAGCUUCGUCAAAGGCUGGGGUGCAGAGUAUCACCGUCAGGACGUCACUAGUACCCCGUGUUGGAUUGAAAUCCAUCUGCGUGGUCCUCUGCAGUGGCUUGAUAAGGUGCUAUAUCAGAUGAGCACACCAGAAAAUAAACCAACUUCUCAUUCUUAA